GUACCACAAUGUUGGGAUUCUCGUCCUGUUCCUCCAUGACAUCAGUGAUGUUCAGCUGGAGUUUACCAAGCUGAACGUCUACUUCAAGUACCGCAAUGGGGUCUACCACCGGAUCAACGACAUUAUCUCCAAUGCCGGCUGUGUCUCCUUUGGCGUCACCUGGUUCUGGUUCCGACUGUACUGGUUCCCCCUCAAGGUGCUGUACGCCACGUGCCACACAAGCCUCCAGACGGUGCCCAACAUUCCUUUCUACUUUUUCUUCAAUGCUUUGCUGCUCAUCCUUACUUUGAUGAAUAUCUACUGGUUCUUGUACAUCGUCUUCUUUGUCGCAAAAGUCUUGCUGGGACAAGUCCGGGAAGUGAACGACGUGCGAGAGUAUGAUAUUGACGCAAUCUCCAAGAAGAAAGACGGGGAGCUGCACAUCCCCAGCUGCUUGAAAGAGGGGAAUCAUUUGAAAAAUGGACUCGUGAAGGACAAACGGUUAUAAACACUGUGCAGCCAAACAGAGUCAGGCCAAUCCGGAGAGAGAGCGACCCUGCGGGGUGAUCCCUCCUCUCCUUCCAAGCCCAGCCUGUUAUGGGGUGCUGCAGGGACUUCCACCUAUCCAUCCCUGCAUCCCACUAUUCCAGUAGCUACAGCGAGAAGCGUUCUGGUGGACUAGAAGCAGCAGGAGGCCUGCAAAGCAAUAUUUCUUUUCUGCACCAGUCAGGGUGGAAUCAGGACCAUUUUGCAAACAGUGGGGGGAACCCUCCUCCCAAACGUCCCCUGCAUUGGUGCGAUGGCUUUGCAGAGAGAAGCUCAGCCUCGAAGGGCCUUUGGAACGGCCCCAAGAGGACGGAGGCGCUCCCCUCUGGGGUCCCGGCCCUCUGGGGUCCCUGACUGUUUAUGGAGAGCAAGGAAGAGCCCCGCCAGAAGCUCCAAGCAGCUGAAUGGAGUCGGAGAGGAGAAAGCAAGCACAUGCGUGGAUCAGUGAAUUUUCGGCUCUGCUAGUUGUGGGCUGAGGACAAGUAUCCCAUAAUGCCCUAUUGGCACUUUAUUCCCGUCCAGUACCCUUUAUGAGAUUUGGAGAUAGAUAGAUAGAUAGAUAGAUAGAUAGAUGAUAGAUAGAUAGAUAUUUUCAUUCCUUAAUUCUGGAUAGAGCUUUGGUCUGUUUGGGAGAGGUAAACGGGUCUUGUGUUUUGUCUCAGGGUGUACUUGGUUUCCUCUUCCUCCUAAUUGUGUUAGGUCAAGGUGAUAAAAGUAUGACCCUAGGGUCCAAAAAAGCUUGAAAAGUACAUCCAUCCAAAAUGCCCUCCAGCUGGUGCCAGGGAGCAAUUUUGCCAAAAACA